GCCCCAUUUAUUCCCCUGAGAGAGAGGAGCCGUUGCAGGAACCGGCGGGUCCCAUCAUCAGAGCGCUUGGACCCUGUGCGUCGUGUCCGGCAGCAUGCAGUUCUCCCGUGCACUGACCGCCCUGUGCGGCGUGCUGUUCUGCGCCUCCGGCCUCUUUGCCUCGUCAGGUGACUUCUGUGAUUCCAGCAUGUGCCAGAAUGGUGGGACCUGCUUGAUGGGCCAAGACAAUGACGUCUACUGCCUCUGCCUGGAAGGCUUCACCGGCCUUUAUUGUAACGACACUGAGAAAGGACCCUGCUCCCCAAACCCUUGCCACAAUGAUGGCAAAUGCCAGGUGAACGAGGACAGAAAGCGAGGGGACAUCUUCACUCAGUACAUCUGCCAGUGCCCUGCGGGCUAUUCGGGCACCCACUGUGAGAUCAUGAAUGCGACCAUGUUCUACAAAAUGAAGGAACUCUACAUGUUCAGCACAGCUGACCCCACCCUGACCCCCAACCCUGGUCUUUCCAACAACUCAGUGUCCCGUUGCUCUACAAAACUGGGCAUGGAAAAGGGCGCGAUUGCCGACUCACAGAUCUCUGCUUCAUCUGUUUACGUAAGCUUCAUGGGUAUGCAGCACUGGGGCCCAGAACUGGCUCGUCUGCACGCCUCAGCGGUGGUCAAUGCGUGGACAGCCAGCAACUACGACAGCAAGCCGUGGAUCCAGGUGAACCUUCUGCGGAAGAUGCGGGUGUCGGGUGUGAUGACGCAGGGCGCCAGGCGCGCACUGAGGAUGGAAUACCUAAAGACCUUCAAGGUGGCUUUCAGCCUCGAUGGACGCAAGUUUGUGUUUAUACAGGACGAAAAUGGAUCUGGAGACAAGGAGUUUUUGGGUAACCAGGACAACCACAGCGUGAAGGUUAACAUGUUCAACCCCCCUGUGGAGGCGCAGUACAUAAGGCUGUACCCUGUUUCCUGCCAUGGACUCUGCACCCUCCGCUUCGAGCUCCUGGGCUGUGAGUUGCACGGGUGUUCUGAGCCCCUGGGCCUGAAGAACAAAACAAUUCCUGACAGACAGGUAACAGCCUCCAGCAGCUACAAGACCUGGAACCUGACUGUCUUUGGCUGGUACCCCUACUUUGGGCGGUUGGACGGGCAGGGCAGGAUCAAUGCUUGGACAGCCAAAAGCAACAGUGCCAAGGAGUGGCUGCAGGUUGACCUGGGCACUCCGAAGACAGUGUCUGGAAUCAUCACUCAGGGGGCCCGUGACUUUGGCACCAUCCAGUAUGUGGCGUCUUAUAAGAUGGCCUACAGUAAUGACGGUGUGCACUGGACCGUGUAUGAGGAACAAGGGACCAGCAAGGUCUUCCCUGGCAACUCGGACAACAACUCCCACAAGAAGAACAUUUUUGAGACACCCUUCAUAGCUCGCUAUGUGCGUGUCCUUCCUGUGUCCUGGCAUAACCGCAUCACCAUGCGCCUGGAGCUUCUGGGCUGUUAACACUCACUUCUAGCCCAAAUGACCAGACCGGCCAGAGGUGGAGGCACCUCCUGUCCCUGCCUCCCAGGCCCUGCUGCCUUCUGUGGCUGACUGCCUCCUCAACCCUCCCUCUGAUUGUACUGGGGUGGAGGCAGGGAGGAAGAGGGGGUGUGUCAGACUUGCCCUUCACCCUGCAGCGCACCCCCCCCCCCCAGGCCUCCUGCUAGCCCCUUUUCUCAGGCAUUCUGGGGGAAUUGGAUCAGUCUGAGAUGAAUAGAAAAGAAGAAUGAAGUCAGGGUAUCUAGGCUAUCUGUACUUGCCAACCACUUCCAGCCAGGGAUUGACUCAAGGCUGAAGAGACCUCUGGUGCCCCGCCCCUCCCUGCACACCACACUUUCCUCCAUGCUCCAGUCCAGGAAGAAGAGGCCCACGUCUGCUUGCUGCCCCUUGGGUCACCAGAUACUGCGUCUUAUCUCCCCUCCCAAAAG